AAAUGUGCUCACCAGAGUGCCCCUUAUCAUAAACAUGCCCAUCAGAGUACCCCUUAACAUAAAAUGUGCCCAUCAGCAUGCCCCUUAUUUUAUGUUGAGGAGCAUUCUGAUGAGCACAUUUUACGUUACGGGCACUCUGAUGGGCACAUUUUAUGUUAAGGGGGCACAAAUGGGCACAUACUGUGGAAAGGGGCACUCUGAUGGGCACAUGUGAUGGAAAGGGGCACUCUGAUGAGGAAUAUAUGAUGUAAAGGGGCACUGUGAUGGGGAAAUCUGAUGUAAGAUGGUAAUGUGAUGGGGAUAUCUGAUGUACAGGGACACUCUGAUGGGGACAACUGAUGUAAAGGAGCACUCUGAUGAGCACCCCUGAUAUGAUGGGAAUACAU